UUUUCAAACUGAGUCAGAGCUGACCGUGCGGACACUCUUUAGUUUUUGCACGGUUUCUCGUUGGUAAUCUAACAGACAUUCAGCUGCUGUCAUGCUCGGAUCAACAUUCGGAUUCUGCUUUGUUAUCUUUUCUAAGUUUCUCUCUGGAUCAGCUGGUGGAGGACAGAAAAUCACAGCUGAACCUGGACAUGACGUCUCUCUGCCAUGUAGAGCUGGACAUGAUGGAGACAUCAAAGCUCUGCGGUGGAUCAGACCUGAUAGGAAACAAGAUGUGUUUUUGUACAGAGACGGACAUUUUGACCACUCCCACCAGCAUCCAUCUUUCCAGAACCGGGUGGAUCUUCAGGACAGACAGAUGAAGGAUGGAGACGUGUCUCUGAUUCUGAAGAAUCUGACAACUAAUGAUACAGGAAAAUAUGAAUGUAGAGUCUUCCAGAGAGGAACAGGCAGAGAACAAGUCAUCAAGUCCAAAAUCAUCCAUCUGGAAGUUUCUCCAGCAGGUACAACACAGGAUGGAGGAGACAAGGAUGAAGGGGGCAAGGGUAGAGGGAUCAAGGAUGGGGGAGACAAGGAUGGAGGAGGCAAGGGUAGAGGGAACCAGGAUGGAGGAGACAAGGAUGGAGGACAUCAGGGACUGAUUGUGGGUCUGUCAAUUGUUGGGAUCAUUGUAAUGAUUGUUGGUAUCUGCAUCUGUAAAAGACGAAGAAGAACUCUGCAUAAAGCUCUUGAUCUCAUCACAAAUAAUAUCAUGAACUUCAUGGAAAUCUUCCAGAAACAACAUGAAGGUUUAAGACCAUGUGAUCCAGCUCUCUGCAUCAGUCAUGUGACCCCUCCUGUGGAGUUGGAGGAGCUUCAGGGUUCUAGAGGCUGUGAUGUUAGGUCUUCCAGAUCCAGGUGAAGAACUGGAUGGAUGGAUGGAUAGAUAGAACUUUAUUAAUCCCCUAAAUUAGAAAUCCCGGUGUCCAGCAGCAAACACAAUCACACAUAUAAAGUAAAAGUGCACGGCUGAAGGGAUGAACGACUUUUUAAACCGUUCUGUUCUGCUGCGCAGCAAGAGGAGUCUGUUGCUACGGUUACUGCCAUUGUGUCAUGCAGUGGAUGUUUGGAGCUGCUCAGGAUGCCCUGCAUUAGAGCCAUCAUCCUCCUCUCCAACACAGCUCCCACAGAGUCCACUUUCCUCCCCAUCACAGACACACAUUUAUCAAUCAGCUUGUCCAGCCAGUUACCGUCCCUUGUGGUCAUACUGCCGCCCCAGCAGACAACCCCAAAGAAAACAGCACUCGCCACAGCAGACUGAUAGAAAAUGUGCAACAUUUCACUGCUUACAUCAAAUGUCCUGAGCCUCCUCAGGAAAAACAGUCUGCUCUGUCUCUUCUUAUACACGGCGUGUGGCUCUACACAAAAGUCAGGAUUUGUUGGUGGUGAUGAUCCACCAACAGAGUAUAUAUUGGUGGAAUUAUUCUGAUCCUAAUCUUACCUUGUAGUUAAUACCAGUGAUUAUUUAAUUGAUCAAAUAGUUCCUCCUGAUUGAAUUAUAAUAAAAUAAGGAGUCUUCUGUCUCUUUUUAAAGGAACGGCUCUUCAAGGUCCUUCUCCCUCCAAACAGUCAUAAAUCCAGACGUGUUGGAAGUGACAUGGUUGUUUUAAUUGUGUGAAUUUGUAAGAUUUUGAGUAUCUAAUUAAAUAUUUUAAAUGAAGAAUGCUCUCACUCACAUUUCAUUACUAGUUUUUGUCACUUUUCUGGCAAGAGGACAUGAACCCAACAGGCUCAGAUACACAACUGACAAGAAACUGGUUGGGUGAGCUUGUUAAAUCACACCAUAUAUGUGUGUGUGUGUUAGAGAGAGAAGUUAGGAUCAGGUGUGUUUUUCUCUUUUCUGACACUUUGUCUCCUGUUUAUUUCAGUAACCUGAAAACUUUGUGGACACUUUGUGUCUGAAGCAUCUCUGAGUUAGUUGUUUACUUUUUUACCACUAGAUGGCGAUGCAGCGUAAAGAGAAAACAGGCUGCAGGUGAGGCUGAUGUAGUUUGAUUCCUCCUUCAUUUCUUAAAACAACAAAGUAAUUUAUUGUAAAACUAAAGCAGAUUUCUGCCUGUGAUGGUGAAUAUCGAGAGGAUGGUCUGUCCUGUCUUUCUGGGACAGAUUUAUUUCCUUCAUGCUGUUUAUUUAAAGGAGAAGUGAUGCUGUAGAGCUGAACAGAAGCAGUAAAUUCGUUGCAGUCCUGCAGCAUCUUUAUGACUAAACCAUCCAGCUUCAGUCACUACACUGAACUUAAAAUAUUGUAUUUCAGAGUUUUGUUUGCAUGAGAAGGUGUGGACAGAAGACAAAGAAGAUGCCACAUUUAACUAAAACUUCUAACCUUGAAGCUGACUAAAGUAAAGAAAAACAUUCAGAUUGUCAGUAAGAAAACUUUGUUCUGAAAUUAAUGUUUCUGCCUUCACACAUCAGAUUUUACUACAUUAGAGACGCAUCAGAACCUCCACCUCCCCUCAGACACAUUAGAACCCUUCUAUCCUCUCCCUCCUCUCUGGUCCUGAGAGAUCAUGUUCCUCAGUCAGAGGAUGUUUCCUCUGCAGCUCUUUGUGCUGAUGCAUCUUCUAAUCUUCUUCAUGCAUCUAUCACAGUCCUGGUCCAGUCCCACGGACGGACAGACGGAUACUUUUGUUGAUCCCAAAGCUGGGAAAUUAGAGGUUGCAGCAGCAGCAUUGGUGCAAAAAAAGAAGAUAACAAAACAAAGCAGCAAAACAAACAUAGACAUCUAUUUACCAGAUAAUAAACUAAAUCUACAAAAGAGAAAUGUGGGACUUUUUAUUCGAGCCAGAGUCACAUGGUCUGGAACCACAAAGCAGAAGCAAACCAGAAAGAUCCAUGAGAGAGAAAACUGUUCAGACCCAGAAACCAAAGCCAACUGCAGCCUGUUGAAUGGUCAUGUUUCUACCUGCAGCAUCUGGUAAAUGGGAAUAAAAAGUUACACACCGAACAUGAGGAUCAACACUAACUAGAAGCUGAAAACAUGAAAUAUGAAACGCUGACAUUAACAAGCUUCCCUGAAGUUCACACACCAGAUAUAAACAACGUUCUAGUUUUUUUGACCAAUCAGAGAGCUCCACACAACUGUCACGUUCCCUCAGGUCAGCAGACCCUUCACUUUUAACUGUCCCAUCAACCAGGAUGGGACACCAAGAUGGUCAACUGUGUUGUUUUAAAAGUGCUAUAUAAAUAAAAUGGAGUUGGAGUUGAACUUCUCUCUGCUAGGCCCUGUGUAUCUGUCUAGAAAAAUCUUAAGCUGGGUCUUUUAAUUGCAUAUCAGUGUAGCUCAGAGGCUUUUUCAGUGUUAAAUUCAGUUCCACUUUUUCACUCACACAUCUGUUUUUAUCUCCGUCCUCCAUGUGUAAACCUCCACAAUAGUCUGGUUCUCUGUACAGGGUGAAUACGCUGCAUUCCUUCAUGUAUAUUUGUAAAUCAUGUACCUACUUUGUAUUGCAAAUAAAUGUCACUUCUCUGUCCAAGAUGUUACAGACACUGAACUGAAUAAUGAGUGAAUUAUAAAUGUAUUAUAAUGUGAUAUGAUUAAAUAAAUAUUACUAAUAAAAUAAUUUGAACUAUUACAUGUGUUAAACUAAACAUGCUAU